AGUCCCACGGGCUCGGCCGCUCGUCCACAACGGAAGCAUGGGCUGCUGCUGAAUCUGGAUUUGUGCGAUCGAUCGGGUCUUUUCAAAUAUCCGAUCCCGCCCGAGAGCAUGGAGAGGGGUAGCAGAACAGGCCUAUCUAUUUGCAGAAGAACUAGAAUCUUGGAUGUCAAUAUGUCAGAGAAGGCGCGGUAACGCAGUCCAAUAGGAGCGAGCGACGGGAAGAACCCCACCCUUCCCUUUGUGCCUUUUUUAUACUUGUCGAUUAGAGGCAGCCAAAGAGUGGAGAAGAAGAAGAAGAAGAGAUGGAAGCUUUCUCUGUACUUCAUGCUCCAAAGCAACUAGUGUUUGAGCUCCCAACCAUGCCUAUACUGGUUCCCCCCACUUCCGUGAUAAGGUUGAGAGUGAAAUUUUUUAGGCAGCCCACUGCCUGCCAAGCAAAAUCAGUUGCUGAUCAUGACUUAGAUGGAUCCAGCACCUUUACAGCAGUCUCUUCAAGUCUCCUGGCAGCAGAAAAAGAAGAGGCAAAGGCUGUUUUAUCCCUAUUCUUGCGGAAAUUGGGUUUGAGCUAUGCAACUACAGCAAGAACAAUUAACAAAUCAGAUUGUUUCAUUCGGCAUCUAAUCUCUAGACUGCACUCAGUCCAUAAAUCACGCUAUCUAGUAGGAAGAGAAUUGACCACUCUUGAAAUCAGAGAAGCUCUAGUUCCCUACCUUGAAUCCCUACUUGAAGAACAUGGCGAGGUUCUGGUAGACAUUGUUGAGAACUUCCCAAAUCCUCCUGGGAAAGAGAGAUCAUCCCAAUUGUCACCUCCAAGUGUAAAGAUUGACAUGAAGAAAAAAAAGGCCCUCUCCAAGGUUAGUAACUUGGACUCUGAUGGCCAACUCCCAAUGCAAGUGCGCUACCUCCUGGGGAUUGGCUUGGAUCAUGGCCAGAUCAAGGAUAUGGUUCGAAGGUUUCCAUCGUUUGCAUACUACAGCUUGGAUGGAAAAAUCAAGCCAGUAGUCGAGCUCCUUAUUCAACUUGGGGUACCGGAAUCGGACAUACCCAGCAUUAUUUUUAAAAGGCCUCAACUGUGUGGUAUUAGCUUCUCAGAAAACUUGAUGCCUAUGAUGAAAUACUUAGAAAGCUUGGGUGUUGAUAAAAGGCAAUGGGCAAAGGUUAUAUAUAGGUUCCCUGCAUUGCUUACUUAUAGCAGACAGAAAGUAAAAGCAUCGGUAGACUAUCUAGCAGAACUGGGUAUUUCAGCAGAAGUCAUUGGGAAGAUAUUGACAAGGUGUCCACAUAUUGUCAGUUACAGUGUGGAAGAUAAGCUGAGACCCACAGGCGAAUACUUUGAAUCCUUGGGGGUCAAUGCUGCGGUUUUGCUUCAACGAGCACCUCAGGCAUUUGGUCUAAGCAUAGAGGCUAACUUGAAACCUGUAACUGAUUUUUUUCUGGAGAAAGGUUUUGCUAUGGAGGAGGUAACAACGAUUGUAUCAAGAUACGGAACAUUAUAUACCUUUAGUUUGGCUGAGAAUUUGCAUCCAAAAUGGGAAUUCUUUCUGACAACAGAUUAUAAAAAAUCCGAUCUUGUCAAGUUUCCUCAGUAUUUUGGCUACAGAUUGGAACAGAGGAUUAAACCAAGAUAUAAACACAUGAAAGAGUUAGGAGUAAGACUGUUACUUAAUCAGCUGCUCUCAACAUCGGAUGCUGAAUUUGAGAAAAUAGUGCAGAAAAAGUUGAAGAAGCUGGUUGAUGAAAGGUAGCCUUGAGUUGAUACUGGGAUGAAGGAUUAAGCAUGGGUGGAACAUUAUUGUGUUGUUUGUAUAUUCAUGUACACAUGCCUGCAAGCCUAAAAAAGUGGUCCCUACAAUUGGGAACAGUAGUCCGUUCCCUUCAAUGCUGGCAGAGUACCAGGCAUUCGUAGACUUGCAAAUCUGUUAUGGCUGGUCUGCUAGCGCACUUGCACAACCUCAUAUCUUUAUGAUUUUAGAAACUCAAAAGUGCAAGGCUCCUUGGAGGUCCUCCUCCCUCCUUAUCACAUAUGCAACAAAUUGAGUUUUUGGUGAUAUUAUUUUGCAGCCGGAUCUUGUUUUUGGAAUCUUUGAUUUUUCUUUCUUGUGUUAGAACUCUUUGUCUGUAUAGAAACUUUCUUGCAUUGAUUGUGAGGUACAUUAGCUAUUCACCUUUGCUUGUGUUUGAA